AGUAGAAAGACGCCUUCCCGCUCACUCCAAUGGCGAGCCCGUGAGAUAAAGUGGUAGUGGUGGAAGCCAACUGACGACGAUUUUCGCUCUCGAGCCCACCUCGGUCAUUACAUCCGUGGUGGUGAUCGAAGUACGAAUAAGCGGUCUAGUAAUAGUAGAAAUCCAUAAUUCAAGUGUGCGAUUCGUGUGGUUGUGCUUUCAGUGGGUGAAUUGCCAGAGUGAUAAACCGCAGAAGUAAACGCGGGGAAAGGAGUAGCACCUGUUUUGAAGAAGGCCGAUCUCAGUUGCUAUCAGAAAAAUCCACAAGUAAAGCCGCCGGAAUUGCAAAAUCGGUGUUGGGUCAGUGCGCUUAGCCAAGCCCGGUGUAAUUUUAUCGCUUAUCGAAAGAGAUAAAUUGUAUUACGCGGAUCGAAGAGAGGCGCCAGUUGGUGAAUCGUCGUCAAGAAGGCAAAAAAAAAAAUACAAAAUAGAAGUCAUGGCCGCGAACGUGCAGCAAAGUGGUAACCUGCUCGACGUGCUGAAGAAGAAGAUGCGCCAGACGAAGGAGGAGAUGGAAAAGUACAAAGAUGAAUGUGAAGAAUUUCACAAAAAACUGCAGAACGAAGUGAUGAGGCGUGAGGAAGCUGAAUCAGAAGUUGCCGCUCUGAACCGUCGUAUUCAGCUGUUGGAGGAAGAUCUCGAACGUUCGGAAGAACGUUUGGCUUCCGCCACGGCUAAAUUGUCAGAGGCUUCGGCCGCUGCUGACGAGAGCGAACGGAUCCGGAAAGCGCUUGAAAAUCGCACAAACAUGGAGGACGAUAGGGUAGCGAUACUGGAGGCGCAGCUAGCUCAAGCCAAGCUAAUAGCAGAGGAAGCGGACAAAAAAUACGAAGAGGUGGCCAGAAAGCUGGUGCUUAUGGAACAGGACCUGGAACGCUCGGAGGAGAAGGUUGAGAUGAACGAAAGCAAGAUCGUCGAGCUUGAGGAAGAGCUGCGCGUGGUCGGUAACAACCUGAAGUCGCUGGAAGUCUCGGAGGAAAAGGCGACGCAACGAGAGGAAUCGUACGGUGGACAAGUUAGAGUGUUGGAUCAACGUCUUAAGGAGGCUGAAGCCCGUGCUGAGUUCGCUGAACGUUCUGUUCAGAAGUUGCAGAAGGAAGUCGACAGACUCGAAGACGAGAUGACGAUCGAACGUGCCAAGAACAAAAUGCUUCAAGAGGAAAUGGAAGCAACGCUUCACGAUAUUCAGAACAUGUAAGCGGUUGGAGUGGAGAGACAAAGAAAAGAACCCAGCAAUACAAUGUUACAUGGCGCGUCGUAAUAGAAGAAGGCAUACGUUGGACUGGAGUGACACUACGAGAUAGGCGUUCAUUUAUUGUAAAGCUGAAAGGGAAGAACACUAGAAGAAAGAAGGCAAUCUGUAAAGCGGCAAACCGUUUGGCAACGAGCAGGACAUUAUGAACCAAACUGCCAAAUUCACCAAACCGGAAAUUCCGACGCAUGCACGCAACAUUGAGACAUCGUACUAAAUUGCUACUUCAUUGCUGAAAUUAUCAAGUUUGGAGUGAUUACACCCCCAGAAACAAGUUCAGACCAAGAGAGAAACAGAGAAACAGAGAGAUAAAGAGAGAGAAAGAAAAAGAGAGAGAGAGAGAGAGGAGCGAAAGAGAAAGAUACGAUGCAAAGGACUGGUUUGCACCUCCUAAGAGCCGCUUUUCCGAGGAAUGCUGCUUGUAUUUACGCGGGCAUCUAGUGUAGAAGCCUGAAUUAUGUUAGGAAUAAGAAGGGAGCCAUUUAAAGAUGUUUUAAACGAAAAUCAAAAGGCAAUACGCACAUCAUAGCAUAUGCACAAAAACGUAGGAAACAUUCACGAUCGGUUUCAGUUUUUUAUCGUUUUUCUGUUUUUAUAUCCCUUCCUAAACCAUUGGCGGCUUCCAACGGUUUCAGGAAUGGUGGGAGGUGCCUUAGGGAACGAUCUCCUUGAAGUGAACCCUAUAGUUUUGUUUUCUUCCUCAACCGAUCAACCGUUUAACUUAGCCUAGUCGUCUGUUUCAAGAUUUUAGCGUUUGGUUUUUGUCGUAUUUUCGGAGAAAUUCUCUCCGUGAGGUAUGGCCUCUGUCAGAUUACCAUUUUAGUAUCGCACUCAAACAAUAUGAUGAUGCUUUAGAUCCAUAGAAGCGAAUAUAUGCAAAGAGAGGAGGUGACCAUUCCGUAUGCCAGCAAACAGAGGUAACAAAAGACAUUACUGUUAAGCAAAACCAAUUAUCAUUCAUUCCAUCUACGUGAAACGCUCGAGGAUGGCGUUAUUGCUGUGCAUUUCUUCCCCUUUUCGGUUAUCGAAGAAGAACCACAUUCCUUUGCCAUCGCAAACAGUAGAUCUAUUGGAUUUGCUCUAUCUUUGACGGUCAAAAGUGAAAGGUCGUCUGCAUUUAUGUGGUACGAUUGCGGUAAGCGCAAUAGUAUCGUUCCGUUGUUCAGCCCUUUCCCCCAUUCCAUUCGAGAUUGUAACGUUGAGACUUUCCGGCGAAUUGUUGCUAUUGUGUGCGUUAAAGCAUCUCGGAGAUUGUAAACACAAGCGCGCUACUUUCUUGUCUUUAGCAUUCCAUCUAAUGUGUUAGCGUACAUUUUCCACGAUCUGCAAAGACUCCUUUCAUUUGUAUUUUUUUCUACUUCUACGCCCGUCUAGCUUUUAUUUUAGCCUUUACAAAACAAUUCGCAAUCGUUUCGGUCAAUUCAUCAGUGUCCUCCUCUCCCUCCCCCUCCUCCUACUCCUGUCGGAUAACAAAGCACAGACAGGCGACGUGCCGAAGGAAAAUUCGAUGCAUAGACUGUUUGUCGGCGAGUUAUGCACUGUUACGAUGUAUCCCUUGGUAUUGUUCCAGGCGAAAUGAAUAGGCUUGAAGAAUGAGAGAAAGUAGCUAGAUACAUGAGCAAAAUAGCCAUUAGACAGGACCAUUAGCAAAGUGUGUACUAUAUAGGACACAGAUGGGCGGAAAAUUUACGCAGACAAAAUGUCACGAAGAAAAAAAAGGAUAAACCGCCACCAUACUGCAAAUCUUCUCGGUCGUUCAUUGGUCAAUCGGAUAGGCCCGAUCCCGACCAGCUAGGCAAGAUAUCAUUUUCAACACGUGCCUUUUUUUUGGUGUAUUCUAUCAGUUUCCAUAUCAGUUUGUCUAGUUCUAGUACUAAUCGCAUUCGGCAAAGAACACUCUUAAGGAAUGUGAAGAGAAGCAAGAAAUGGGCCGUGGAAACCCCAACCGCGAACACACAUAAAAACUCAUAUUUACUCGUCCAAACUGCACACAUACACACUCACUCCAGCACACGACACCGUUUCACAGAAAAACACACACACACAUACACGACGAACACAAGUGCGAUUGCAGCAGUGUCGUGUGACGCGAACCGAGAAGGAAAGAAUGGCCUCUUUAAUGUAUUUGAGUGUUUAUAAUAUAUUAUUUUAUCCUAAAUCCUGAA